AAAAUUCCUUGGCGUCAGGGGCGUCACUUCGUGUGGUCGUUUACUUGUUUGGUGGUUAUUUAAUCAUAUUUUGGUCAUGGAAAAGAAAAGUGAAGGUAGGAAAGCAAGAGCGUCUUCAAAAUCUCCUGGAAGACAAAAAAAGGGUGGCCGUGCCCAAUCCAAAUCGCCUGGAAGGCCGAAAUCAAAAUCCCCCGGAAGGCCCAAAAAAACUUCUAGUUCACCUGGAAGGCGUCCAAAGUCUCCCGGGCCUGUUAGCCGUUCAAAGUCCCCCGGACCUGUAAGACGUCCCAAAUCUCCAGGACCAGUGAAACGUCCUAAGUCUCCAGCACCUGUCAAGCGUAGAGCCUCACCGGGUCGUAAAGCGUCUCCAGGACGAAAAACCUCUCCAGGCAGAAAAACUCCAGAAAAUAACUCGGUCCAGAAAAAAGUAGAUGAUAUCCGCUCGUCACCAUUCAUACGAUUGGAACGUACGUCUGCAAGCCCGAGAAAGAUUUCUCCCAUAGAACUGGCCGAGAAUGAAGGGUUCAUUGAAGAAGUAGAAGUGUGUUUUGUUGAUGACAAAAUAAACUAUGUAACAUCUUCCGACAAUAUCAAAUUCUCGGGUAACUUGAGUGUUGGCGAUGUGAGACAAGUGAAAUGGGAAGAUGGCAACUUCUAUGAUGCUCGUAUUUUAAGCUUAAAGAGUGGGUCCCGAGACAGAUCCGUUAGUGUGCCUAAAGCGUCAUCGUCAGUGACCAGAGUGUACUCCGAAGAGACUACGUAUCUCAGGAGAUCCACACGCACCAAGCGAGAUGAUGAGCUGGAAAAGUUGAAGAGUGCUAUGGACGCAGAGACAAGUAAGAUACUGAAGGCUAACAACACGCCGUUGCCACCUCAAUACGACCGCAAGUACGGAGCCAAGAGUGUGAGAGAGUUUGGGAGUUGGCCUGGAGCUCUGGCAGCGAUAAUUGCAUUGCCCGUAGCCGCUCUCGCAUUGCUCAUGUUCUGUACAAAGAACAAGUGUGUAGGUGUAACCUACCCGUCUGUCAACUGGCGUAUCUACCUGGACCUACACACAGCUGGGUACUACACCGCCUUUGCGUUGUUGCAAGUUAUACUGAACGCUUUGCCUCUGGGCCGUCAAGCGUCCUACGGCAACAUUCAAGUCAGGCUUUCAGGUUUCUACAACGCUGUGUUGACUCUCUCAGCGCUGGCCGGCCUGUACUACUACGGGAUCAACGUGACAUCCGUGCUAGGAAAGAGCGUGGCAUUGUUGACAUCUGCCGAGAUCUUUGCGCUCGUGCUGUCACUGGCGUUGUUCGUCAAAGGUGGACGUGCUUUGACUGGUCGCAACAUUCAUGCUGACGGCAACAAGAUCUACGAUUUCUUUGUUGGUCGUGAGAUUCAACCUACUCUCGGACCAAUCAACUUUAAGGCGAUGAUUACCAGGAUGGAGUUUGUCGGGAUUUUGCUGUUGGAUGCAUUCUACCUGCUCAAGUACAUAGAGACCCACGCAGCCGGCAAACACUCUCCGACACUUCUGUUUGUGGUGAUUGCUCACACGGUGUACGUCGCGGACACUUUGUGGUUUGAGGAGAAGUUCAUGACUACAUUCCAAGCGCAGUACGAAGGUGUCGGCUACAUGAACAUCAUGGCCGCGGCUGUCUGGCCCUUCUUGAUCACUCUGGUCACCAGAUACAUCGUUUACACCGGAUAUGAAGCUCCUACUUACCGCCUCGUCAUCGGUGGAAUACUAUUCCUCGUAGGCUACUUUGUGUACAGGGCCAGCAACUCCCAGAAGGCUGAAUUCCGCAAGCAACCCAACCACCCUGUGUUUUCCAAGUAUGACACCGUGAACACCGUACAAGGCAAGCGUCUGUUGGCUGGAGGAUGGUGGGGAUUGUUGCGUCACCCUAACUACGCUGGAGACAUGACUAUGGUCUGGGCUGUGGCUUCUGUGGUCGGACUCUCUCAUUGGUUGCCGUACGUGUUCCCGCUGCUCCACGCCGCGGUGCUCGUCCACAGAACAUUCCGUGUGUCGGCGCGCUGCAAGACCAUCUACGGACUGGCGUGGGACCGCUACACACAAGUCGUCAAGUACCGACUAGUCCCCCGUGUAUUUUGAGCAAACAGGGACGUAGACUAACUGAGUGUGCCACAAGUGUUCUUGAUCUCCUAUAAGAUGACUAAAGUCCUUAGUAUUGUCUUAUUGACUGACAAAGUUGAACGAAGAAUUUUACUUAUUUGAAGUAUUAUUAAUUUAAGCACUUCUCACUGGUUGACUAGAUACUAUUUUUGAGCAAAUUUAUUUUCAACGUUUGAGCACUUAGCAUAGUUAGCUGUAAAUCCAAGCUUAAUCCAAAAUGACUCAAGACCAAUUGUAUAAUCCAAUGUGAUAGAUGCAUUUGUGCAAAAUGAUCUUGGUAUUUUAGUUUAAGGGCUAAAAUACUUGUUUGUAUUUCACAAUUGACUAACGAUAUUUUUUGUCAUUUUUGUAGACAUAAAAUGUAGUCCUAAUUUUUUUAGUAACGUUGGUAUUCAAUGCCGUUUAUUUUGUAAUAUUCUUUUUCUAACUAAAAUGUAUCUUUGUAUUUCCACUAUUUGUUAUUCUAAUUUUCAAUUCGCUAAAAAUAUUUUUUUUAUUUUAUUAUGGUCAGUUAUUUUGCUGUUACUCUUAUAUUUUCUAAAAAAUAUAGAUUUAUUGUACAUAGAUUUAUAUGUAUUCAAAGUGUAGAUUUACUUUUGUUGAACUUUUAGGAUUAAGUUAUUUAUAUUUGGGUUGAUCCCUAUGAAUUUAUUUCUGUUGAAUUCACAUCGAGUGAGGUAAAAUUUUCUUGAACAAAUUCAGUGUGAAUGUAAAUAAAUCCAGAUGCUCAAUUACAUCAGUUUUAGAUACGUAGACAAUGUUGAAGCCCUAAAGAUCAAACUACUAGCUCACCAGCAUCUGGGAAUUGUGUUUUAUCCUGAGCCUAUUGUUAUAUUCUGUAAAUAUUCAACUGUGUGUGUCUUCUGUGUUUUUUCAGACAGUCGCAUGUACAGUCUAAAUAUUAGACUGUAAUCAGACCAGACUUAGAUUAGAUAUUUUUGUACCCAAACUGUGUGAGAUUUUUGUGAACAACCUGUAAAAGUGGUUAUAAACAUGUGUUACUCUGUUUGUUCUUAUUUUAGUGUUUGAAUUUAGGACCUGCCGCAAAAAAAUGAAAUACGAUGUCGAAACAACUUGGUAAAAUGACAUUUUUCAUUUCUAGUGUUAAUGGCAAAGAAAACUGAGGUAUCAACGUAUUCCAAGAACAGAGUAGAUAUUUUUAUCGAAACAUUUGAAACCAACGUUAAUUUUAAUCUGAAGUGAUUUGCUGAUUUAAAAAAAAAAAUUGAAUGUAACAUUGUUGUUGAUUCUUUGUUCUUGGAAUGGACAUUGUUACCAAAGAAAUUCCCCAACUAGUGUACAAAAAAGAUACUUUUAAGUAGUUUUAAGUGAUGAUAGUAAAAUUAGCUCUCUUAUUGUAAUUUUUCUAUCAGAUGUGGUUUUUAAGCAAAUAAAACAGAUUUUUAUCUUA